GUGUCAUUGUUGCUAUUCCUGUCAGACGAUAUUGAGCAGUAGUAUUUCUAGUCUGUGCUACUUUUUAUUUGAAAAGUCUUUAUCAGUUUACAGACAUGAGUAAAAGGUUCAACAUCAACCUGGAAGAUUCAGCUUUCACCAAAGAAAGAACACCGCCAAAGCCGCAGUUUGUGUCUUCAUCGAAAGGAGCUGUCUCCUCAGCCUCCUCUGCAUCUCCAGCUGAGUCUGCUCCAGAGUCAGUGGACCAGCCCAUGUCUUAUGCUGAAUACAUCGUCCAGAGUAAAAGCACCGUGGCUCCUCAGAGAGAGAACAUCUUCAAAGGUCCCGGGACUGACGGUGCUGGAGUCCCCAGUGUGAAACAAACCCGGCCUGGUUCAGUAUCUUCUGCCACUGGAGGGUGUGAAACCGGUCAGGAUCAGGACUGUUCUAAAGUGACUGAAGGUGGAUCUGAGGUGCUUCGGGGGACUGAGGAGACACAGGCGGUUUGCACAGACCCAAAAGAGGGAAACUGUCCAAGGUCAGAUGCGAGCCUCAGCCUGGGUCCUAAACCAGUGGGGACAGGGAGCAGCAUUAUUGUCAGUUCUCGACAGAGAGGAAAUCCCAUUCUGAAGUUUGUGCGGAGUGUUCCGUGGGAGUUUGGAGAUGUCGUACCAGACUAUGUGUUGGGCCAUACGGCGUGUGCUCUCUUCCUUAGUCUGAGGUAUCACAACCUCAACCCAAACUAUAUACACGACCGUUUGAAGCUGCUUGGACAGACUUUCACCCUGCGAGUUUUACUGGUGCAAGUAGAUAUAAAAGAUCCUCAUCAUGCAUUGAAGGAGCUGGCUCGCAUCUGCAUCAUGGCUGACUGCACUCUCAUCUUAGCUUGGAGUCCGGAGGAGGCAGGACGUUACCUAGAAACAUAUAAGUCUUAUGAAAAGAAACCAGCAGACCUACUGAAGGAGCAAGUUGAAAAGGACUAUCUGUCAAAGGUUACAGAUUGCUUGACCACUGUCAAGUCUAUAAACAAGACCGAUGCCAUUACCUUACUGUCCACUUUUUCGUCCAUAGAAGGAAUCAUCAGUGCAUCUAAGGAAGACCUGGUUCUCUGUCCAGGCCUCGGACCACAAAAGGCAAGACGACUCUACGACGUGCUGCACAAGCCCUUCCUCAAGUCCAAAACAAAAGACACCUGAAACUUCCCACCAACAACAUCAGACAUGAGUUGGUCAUCACCUUGGACUUCACUGAAUACUACCAACUGAGAAUCAAGGAUUUAAAAUGUGAACUGUUCACAGGGCGUCACAACACGGUUUCACUGUGUGAAAAGUGUUUUUGGAGUUUUGGUGUGCUGUAGUUGGUUUAAUGUUGAAUGAAUUUUAUGGAAAUAAUGAAAAUAAAUGUUUUGUAUAUUUUUAUACUUUA